CAUGCAAAACAACCUCAGAAUGAGGAUAAAAUGGGUCACAACGACGUAAAAAGUUUGUUCUUAGAGAAUUGUAGUUCAACUUCAACAAGGGAUCCGAUAGUGACUCGUGCAACAGCGAUUAGAAAGCCGGGUCCCCACAAGAGAACUCCUUAUGAAGACAUAAAUGCGUUGAAAGCUAAAGCAAAUGCAAAAACCCGACAAGUAAUUACUCACGAGCGGAUUAUGAAAAGAUUGAGUGUCGGUCCAUUCCGGAUGAGCAACGAUAUUUCUGAAGAUGAUAGAGAUCUACUAAGUUUUGCAUUUUGUUGCAAUCCAUUAGAUCCAAAAGUUUGGAGUGAACUACUCGUUGACACUGGUGUUGUAGCUAUAGAUCGUCACCAUUUUGGAAGCCUUGCCCCUGGGUCGCCUCUCUUUGAUGAUGAAGGCGCCAAGUUCGUACGUCCCAGUGAUCGUAUGACGUCAUGUGCUAGGACACACAAGCUUUGUCGUCUCGCAAGAUUUAAUGGGCGACUGAAGGAUUGCAUGCAGAUCUAUAUUCCGAUGCACGAUGAUGUAAUUGGUCACUGGUAUCUUUUGGUUUGUGACAUAUUCCAUAAGAAAGCUGAAAUUUGGGAUAGUUUACCUGAUGGGCGUCACAAUAAGAAACGCGAGAACGAUUGCCAUAUUAGCGUAAGUGGAGAAGCUUUUGUUCAAUGCAAUUAUACGUAUUUGUUUUGCUCAAUGUUACUAAUGUCGACUAUGUUCUUGUGUAUGCAACAGUUGUUGUACCUAGACUCCGUUUUUCAUGAUGACAUAUUGUCGGUAUUUGGGACGGGGUGGACGUUCUCCUCCUUUUCUUUUGUGUCCCCAUUGGAUGCCAAUCCCAUCCAACCUAAUGGUGUGGAUUGUGGCAUUUUUGUCAUAAGACACAUGCAACAUUAUCGUCAAUUGUGGUAUGACCGGUACGACUCUAAUGUACAACGAAUGCGACUUGCUAUUGAGUUGCUCCGAAAUGAAAAAAAUCAAUUGCGUGAUGCGAUAAUACGUGAAGAAUUGAAAGUGAUAGAAAAUGGAUCUGAUUUUAUGGCAAAGGGGAACAAGAUUGGUAAUGUUGAGGUUAAAGACAAGGAUGUGGCAGAUGUCACCGUUAGAAAAAAGAGGGUUUAUAUUCGGAAACAAAAAAAUCAGCAGUGACUAUACCAGAAACACGUACAGGCCGCGGUCAGCCUAAACCUCGGCGCCGCUAACAAGGUUAGGUAAUGGGACUCUAAUGACUGACCAGUAUAUAUUUUUGUGAGCUUAGAUCUAAUGCUGCAAUGGUAUUGGUUUUGGUGCAUACCCUAUAUUUUUGGAAGGAGGGUGACCAUGGUAUAACAUGACAACUUGUUUGUUUUUUGUAAAGUGGUUUUCAAAGGCUUGUGACCGUGGUUAGGUAGGACACCUUUUUUUGUACAUCUACAUCGAAUGCCCUAUUUGGUGUCCUUUUUUCGGUUUCCAUAUUAUAGAUUAUGACUAGCACAGGGAGUGAAAAUGUAACAGAGGAUGU